CAUUGCUCGCCUCCAUUUCCAUUUCCUUUCCCCCGACUGACUAAACCCUAGCAAAACCUCCAUCUCUCUCCGCACCCGCGUUAGGGUUUCUGUUAUUCUCCCUCUCUAGAAUUAGCAAGGGGAGGAGUGGAAGAAGAAGAAGAAGAAGAAGAAGAAGAAGAAGAUGAGUAGUAGUCUAGUCCUGUUGAGGAAGUCGGUGUCGAAGCGGCCGACCCUGGCCGCCGCAUUGACCAACUCCGUCGAUGUUUUCCUCCAUCCUCCUCGUCAUCAUCAGAACAGCGACGUAACUGAAUCCAGAAAUGUGCCGUUUGGUGGGAGUGCCCUAAUUCCGAAGCCGUGGUUGAUCGAGCGGCUCUGUGGGAGUGUUGGUCCAUUUGGAUCGGGGAGCAGCAGCAGGAGCUUUCAUUCUGCUGCCGCCUUCUUGAAUUUCAGGGCUUCUUUGCCGUCAUCGCAGGCGGGGUAUGCGGUGGCUGAUUUCUCCGACGAAGAAAAGUCCGCCUCCUUUUCCAAGUUUCAGGGGUCUAAUACUAGCAGCAGCAGUGAUGAUGGUCUUGAGAUCUCGAAGCUUGGAAUUUCUGACCAGAUUGUUUCUGCUUUGGCCAAGAAGGGCAUCACCAAGCUCUUUCCCAUUCAGAAAGCUGUGCUGGAACCAGCCAUGCAGGGACGUGAUAUGAUUGGCCGUGCUAGGACAGGAACAGGGAAGACUCUAGCUUUUGGGAUUCCUAUCAUGGAUAAGAUCAUUCGAUUCAAUGAAAAGCAUGGAUGUGGAAGGAAUCCUUUGGCAUUAAUUUUGGCCCCAACUAGAGAGCUUGCUCGCCAAGUUGACAAGGAAUUCUAUGAGUCUGCCCCUAAGUUGGAUUCGAUUUGUGUUUAUGGAGGUGUGCCCAUCUCACGACAAAUGAGUCAGCUUGACCAUGGUGUUGAUUUGGUUGUUGGUACACCUGGAAGGGUUAUUGAUCUGAUCAAGAGAGGUGCUUUGAACUUAUCUGAAAUUCAAUUUCUUGUUCUGGAUGAAGCUGAUCAGAUGCUUAAUGUGGGCUUUGCGGAGGACGUUGAGACUAUCUUACAACAUCUGCCACAGAAACGUCAGAGCAUGAUGUUUUCGGCAACAAUGCCAAGUUGGAUAAAGAAACUGACCUUAAAUUAUCUGAAAAAUCCACUAACAAUUGAUCUUGUAGGAGAGUCUGUUCAGAAGUUGGCAGAUGGAAUAUCACUAUAUGCAAUUGCUUCAGAGAUAUAUGAGAAACCAUCAGUUCUUGGUCCUCUCAUAACGGAACAUGCAAAAGGAGGCAAAUGCAUUGUGUUCACUCAAACCAAGCGUGAUGCUGAUAGAUUGGCAUAUUCCAUGCAAAAAAGUUUCAAAUGCGAACCUUUGCAUGGAGAUAUUUCACAAAAUCAAAGGGAAAGAACUCUUUCAGGCUUCCGAGAUGGUCGCUUUAACAUAUUAGUGGCCACUGACGUUGCUGCUCGUGGCCUUGAUGUUCCCAAUGUUGAUCUGAUUAUACAUUAUGAACUGCCAAGCACUUCAGAGAUCUUUGUCCAUCGGUCUGGCCGAACAGGUCGUGCUGGGAAGAAGGGUACUGCAAUUCUCAUGUACUCAUCAAAUCAAAUGAGGGAUGUUAGGACAAUCGAGCGAGAUGUAGGAUGCAAAUUUAUGGAGCUCCCCAGGAUUACUGUCCAGGGUGGAAGCAGCGACAUGUUCAGUGACAUGGGUUCAAGUCGCUUUGGCUCUCAGGGAGGUAGAGGGGGUGGCCGUUCUACAGGGUAUGGCAGUCAAUCAUCUAGUCGGAUGGGUGGUUCUGGCUCCAGUCGUUUUGGAUAUGGUGGACCUGGUUCAGGUCGAUCGGGCAGUGGAUUUGGUUCAGGCCAUUCAGGGAACUUUAGUGGCAGUGGAUCGGGCCGCUUGGGUGGUUUUGGAGAUGCAGGGCGUUCAGAUCGUUCAAGUGGUUUUGGAAACUUUGGUUCAAGUCAUUCUGGUGGAUUUGGUGAUUUUCGCUCUACCCAAACUGGUGGUGACUUAAGUAAUACUCGGAGAAGUCGUUUUGGUGGAUUUGGGGAUGGGAAAUCUUUCUAAAUUUUUUGAGAACCAAAGAAGUUCACAUUGAGAUUUGAAUGAAGCGAUAGCCGACGGUUGAAGAAGAAGUAACCAGGUGGUUGUGGGAGGGAGGGUCGCAACUUACCAUGCAAAUCCACAACAAAAUUUUUAGUUAGUUAUGUUGUUAUGUUCUUCACCUUUUAUAAGAUCAUAUAAAGCAAAGCUUGCGCAUUGCCUAUUACAUAUGAUUAGAUUUGAGAGAGAGUAGAUGGCUUGCUAUGUGUAGUCGAUAUACAUACAUGUAGUUGAUCAAUCAAAUGGAAGAUCAUAUCAUAUCGAUCCUUUUUUGCUUCCA